UAUACAUAAUCAAAAGAAAAAAAAUCAAACAAUGUUGUUAGACACAGUAUACAUUGGACAUUUUGCAGAUAAUACAAGAACACAAUCUAUCAUGUAUUUCUAUUAUUAGAGCAGAUAUUUCUAAAACCUUUCUUGUUUUAAGUGUUUGUGGCAAGUGACUCUGUCAUGGUUCCACUACCAUGUCAUGUUUAAUUCCUGUCUCAAGUGGAGCCAUGGCAUUGCCUGAUGGUUUUAUGUGGGAAAGACCUAGUUCUUUCUCGUGUCUUGUCAUUGUUCCCUACAUCUCGUUCCUCGUCAGCCUCUCCUUAGUGCUAAUCCCCAGCACCUGUUGCUCGUUACCAUCCUCUGUUUGUUUCCCCUGUAAAGAGUCCUCAUGUUUCUUUGUCUCGUUGCUCGUGCAUUGUAUGCAGUACCUGUUCAUGUUCCUGUUUCCAGUCGUCUUACCUUGUUCCUGUUUCCCGUGUCUAAGUGAGUUUAGUCUAGUGUUUGUUACCAGUGUUUGUCUUAUAGUUUAGUCAGUCAGUGUUCUUGUUUAAGUUAUAUAUAUUCCUGUCCUGUUUUCCCCCUCGUGGGUUUUUGUUUUGCCUGUCUUGUUUUGUUGUGUUUAUUUGUUAAUAAACAUCCCUGUCACAUCUACCGUCCGUGUCUGCCUGCAAUUGGGUUCUCACGCCAUGUCUCACAUUGAGAAUCAUGACAGACUCAAAGCUUGAAAUGUAAGCAAAAAUAAAAAGCUAAAAGGGGGUGUCAUAGAUAUUUUCUUAGCUUUAUACAGGUGAAAUUUCACAAGAAGUAUCAUUUAUUUCAGUGUUUUGUCGAGAAGAGCCAGUGUUGAAGUCCAAGACAAUAAUCAUAGGAUUAUCUUUGACAAUGAACUUAUGAAAUCAAAAAUCAGCAUAACCCCUUUCAAAAAUCUUGUGAAAACUACCACUGCAGAAGAAAUGUGUAAGUGUUUCUGGUUUAAGUUUAAAAUUAACUUAAUGGUCAGACGUCCUUAUUAAACUUAUUAAUGAAAGCAUUACAUGGAUAAUAUCUGUGCAAUGUCUUAAAAUUAAUUUCCUUUACCUUAUUGGGCAAUACGAAACUAUUACAUUCUCACCAUAUUUUCUCAAUAAAAGAGAUGUGAAAAAAUGGGCUUCCGUUUCACAAGUGCAUUUGGACAGAAACAAACAUUUUGGAUGAGACACUUUCUAAUAGGAAAAUUGUUACAUUUUCUAUCCAUAAUAUGUUCACCUCUAAUAACAAUAUUUGCGAUCUCAUUUCCAAUCGCGUCAUAAAGAUGUGUUUUUAACAAGAUGAAGCAAUCUUAUACUCUCCGUUUAGCUAUCCAUCACCGUUCCACACUCCAGCCCAGUAUGUGAAGGGAAUGCACCAAAUAUCUGUUUGCAAACCACCAUAAAUCUCUAAAAGAAGAAGCCGCUGUUAUCGCGAUAUCUUGUUGUGAAGAAAAGGCGGAUACGUUGAGAGGCAGGUUACCCAGGCAACAACCGCACGAACUGUAAACAUUCAUCAGCUUCUGUUCUUGUUCAAUUUGAAGCAGGUUAGCAGAUAUUUCCAGACACAACUUUUAAGUUUUAUAAUGCAGACACCAGGUGCUUUAAAGAUAGACCUCCAUAAGAGUGUUGUGUUGUGUGAUGGACCACCCCUGCACAUGUUGGAGGAAGUGAUGCAACUCAACUGGCUUGAUAUCAGAAGCCAGCAGGGGAAGCAUAUAUUGAUUGAAAAAACCCUUCCCUCGUUUGCGUCUAAUGCUGUGAAGAACAAUGAUUUCAACUCUCUUCUAGUCCUCCUAGAACACGUGGAUGUCAAUUCAGGAGACUAUAAUGGACAUACACCUCUCCAUACAGCCUGUGAAUUGGGCAACUUGGACAUGGCAAUGUUCCUGCUGGGAAAAGGGGCUUCACCUGAAUUCACCAACAGCUUUGGACAACGGCCAUUCCACUUGGCUAUUAAGAACAGGCAUUUUAGAGUUAUCAAGCUUCUGCGGUUGAGAGGGUUCACUUUGAAACUACACCCAGUGAGAAUUGCCAUUGAAAUGAUCCAAACAGUACGAAAGAGAGAUCAUGCGCUACUUCAUGCCUGGUUUCUGUCAGGGGUGGACAUGGACACCACUGACUACAAUGGGUGGACAGCAAUGGAGGCGGCUGUUCAUUUGGGGGACAAAACCAUGAUCACCAAGCUAGUGCACUACAGAACCACGCCACUGUCCUCUGUGCCCGUGUAAAGGAGGAGAAGAGUCUCGCUUUAAUCUUUCCCCUUCUGCAGACUCUCUGCCCUGUACUGUAUAUAAACAUGUAAAUAGUUCUGUUCUGUUCUUUUUUCUUUUGUGUUCUUUUGUCAAUAAGAUUUGUGUUUUAUCAGCGUUAUAAAUGUGUUUUAAUAAACUAACAUUGAAUAUAA